CCACUCCCACUCCACCAAGUCCCCCCCUCCUUUCUCUUGUUUUUUCUCUUCCCUCCCUCCGUCUUUUUGAAGGCCCCCAACCCCAGCGUCUUGAAACCCUAGUCAAGAGAGAGAAGCCGAGAGAGAGAGACGAAGAACGCAGGAUUCGAUGGCAAACGCGAACGGACCGAUGGGAGAGGAAGGGCGAUCGAUCCCGCAGACGACGAAUCCGAUGGUGACCCCUCUCCUCACGGAUCUCUACCAGUUCACCAUGGCCUACGCCUACUGGAAGGCCGGCAAGCAUCUCGAUCGAGCCGUGUUUGAUUUGUUCUACCGAAAAAAUCCGUUUGGUGGUGAAUACACGGUCUUUGGUGGUCUUGAAGAAUGCAUAAGACUUAUUGCUAAUUUCAAAUUAAAGGAAGAGGAGAUCUCCUUCUUGCGCUCAGUCAUGCCUACAUGUGAGGAUGGUUUCUUUGACUAUCUCAGGGCAAUUGAUUGCUCAGAUGUUGAGGUUUAUGCUAUUCCUGAGGGCUCUGUUGUGUUUCCUAAAAUACCUUUAAUGAGAAUAGAAGGACCAGUUGCUGUGGUACAGUUGCUUGAAACUCCAUUUGUAAAUCUUGUCAAUUAUGCCUCAUUAGUUACUACAAAUGCUGCAAGACACCGAUUUGUUGCAGGAAAGUCAAAAAAUUUGCUUGAAUUUGGGCUUCGACGGGCACAAGGGCCUGAUGGAGGCAUAAGUGCUUCAAGAUACUGCUAUAUGGGAGGUUUUGAUUCAACAAGUAAUGUUGCAGCUGGAAGGCUCUUUGGUAUACCACUUCGCGGAACUCAUUCACAUGCCUUUGUUAGCUCCUACAUGGGUCAUGAUGAGAUCAUCGGCAAAGCACUUCAAAGUCAUGAUGGGUCAAGCACAUGCGAAGAUUUUGUUAGUCUAGUGCAAGCCUGGCUCGGCAAAAUUCAGUGGACAGAUUCAUUGCGUGGUGUUUUCGGUGAGACGAAUCAAAGUGAGCUGGCAGCAUUCACAUCAUAUGCAUUGGCUUUUCCAAAUAAUUUCCUCACCCUUGUAGACACCUAUGAUGUUAUGAGGAGUGGAGUGCCUAACUUUUGUGCGGUAGCUUUAGCACUUAAUGAUUUGGGGUAUAAAGCAGUCGGAAUCAGGUUGGACUCUGGUGAUCUAGCAUAUUUGUCCAUUGAGGCUCGAAAAUUUUUUCAAGCAAUUGAAAAAGAAUUUAGUGUACCUAGUUUUGGGAAAAUGAAUAUCACAGCUAGCAAUGACCUCAAUGAGGAAACUAUUGAUGCCCUGAACAAGCAGGGACAUGAGGUAGAUGCCUUUGGAAUUGGCACCAAUCUUGUCACAUGUUAUGCUCAACCAGCUCUUGGUUGUGUAUUCAAACUAGUUGAGAUAAAUAAUCAGCCCCGUAUCAAACUAUCUGAAGAUGUUACAAAGGUCUCCAUACCAUGCAAAAAGCGAUGUUAUAGAUUGUAUGGAAGAGAAGGCUACCCGUUGGUGGAUAUAAUGACGGGGGGAAAUGAGCCGCCUCCAAAGGUAAAUGUAGGAGAGAGAAUUUUGUGUCGUCAUCCAUUCAAUGAAUCUAAGAGAGCAUAUGUUGUGCCCCAGCGUGUUGAGGAACUAUUGAAGUGUUAUUGGCCCGGAUAUUCAGAUAAAUCAAGGGAAGAAUUACCUUCCCUGGAGAAAAUUCGAGAUCGUUGCAUGAAGCAUCUCAGCCAAAUGCGGCCAGAUCACAUGAGGAGAUUGAACCCAACACCAUAUAAGGUGAGUGUGAGCGCCAAGUUGUAUGACUUCAUCCAUUUCCUAUGGCUCAGUGAAGCACCAGUUGGCGAGCUGCAAUGAAUGCACAAACAAAGCAAUUCGUGGAUGCCUUCAGGUUAUGUGAUUGUAAUAAUCUCACUAAGAAUGACUGUAUUUUAAAGAUGUUGAUCGAUGAGGGUGCAUUUCUGUAGCAAUUCUCUUCCAAAUUGCAAGCCUUGCAUUGCUGUAUGUUAUUUGCUCCCCAAAAGAAGAGAAUUUAAUAUUUACAAUUUUUUUUUGAUAAAGCACCCGAAAGGGCCAACAGUAUCAAAACGCUAACUUGUCGCAGGGAGAGUGCAUUUUUGCCAUUAUUGUGUACAAGUGGAUUUUUUUCAAAAGGGGAAAAAAAAUGUAUGCAGUCCAGAUAUCCCUUAAAACUGAGUCGGGCAUUG